AUGGGGUGGGUGAAGCUAAACACGAAUGGGUCAGCUAUUCGCAAUCCUGGUCUAGCUGUGUAUGGAGGCAUUAUCAGAGAUGAGAAUGGUCACUGGGUGAACCCUAAUCUAUCAGGAUUGGUCUCAUUGAAUCCUGGGAGGAUUGCCGUUGAAUGUGUUAAAGUGGCUUCAAAAAUAGAAAUGCUGGAGGCUCCUGCGACAACAAAAGACAUGAUGGAAACAGAAAUAAAAAUAUCGUCGCUGCCCUCGCCUCUUAAGGAAAGUUUACGCAUAGCAAGUGCUUUAAGAAGGAAAAACAAGAAAGGAAAUAAUCUUCUCCACAUUGCAGCAUCAGUGGGGAGUGUGAUGAUGUGUAGCCUCAUCAUUAGCAUCUCAAAAUCAAUGAUUAAUACUUAUAACAAUGAAGAAUUGUCCUAUAAAAUACUUGGCUUGUAUGGAGGUCUGGUAGAUUUUACCAAUAAGAAACGCAUAACCCCUCUCCAUCUCUUAGCAAAUAAGCCUUCCGCCUUCAAAAGUGGCAGCAAUCUUCGAUGGUUUGAAAAUAUCAUCUAUCACUCAAUUGUCGGAGGAACAGAAGAACAGGAGCUAAUUAACGAAGCAGAAAAGAAGCAUUUAAGAUCACAAGAUAUCCCUGGAGACAGACACCAAAGAUCCAACGGAGCUCUAUGGGAUAAGUUACAACAUCCACCUAAUUACAGAACUUGCUUUGAGUUUGUAAAACUUGUAUUCACGGCAGUGCCAUCAAUUUUUAGAAAAACCACAAGGAAGGAAGCUGAUAUAGAGAACUCUGUAAGACCAGACCACGUUAACCACGGAGGAGACCCAUCACCCUAUCGAGUUGAAAGGCAUCAAUUACAACUUCCACCUCAUUACAAAACCUGCUUUGAGUUUGUAAAAAUUGUCUGCAAGGCUGUGCUCAUAAUACUUGGAGCUCCGGAGAUGGUAACGAAGGUGAGGAGGACGAAGUUGAGGAACGAAUGGUCUAUUCUGAUCAUGAACAAAGUGUUGAAGAACACUUCAAUGUAUCGAUUUUCAAAAGACAUACAUUCGCUUUCUUCCUACGAUCCAGUGAUACAUGAGCAUGCAAAAUCUGAAAAAGUUGAUGAGAAGAGCCCUUAUGGUGUCAUAAAAACUGAAGACGAUUUAACUGAGAAGUAUCUGCGUACUCUAUCCAGCUUAAAUAAAGACCACGGAAAAGAUAUUGAAGAGCCGAUUAAAAGCUUAAUACCUGUGAUGCCUGAGCAAGAGGAAAAAAAGAAAAAGGAAGACAGUGAUCAGUCAAAGGCAACAAAUGUACAAGAUUCUACCAAAAAAAAGAAGAAAAGAAGCAGACAAAAAGACAUUGAUCUGUCAGAGUUAACACCCAUACUAGUAGCAGCAAAGAAUGGAAUUACCGAAAUGGUUAAGGAAACCCUCAAGAGAUAUCCCAUGGCCAUGUAUGAUGUGGAUAAAAACCAAAAGAACAUAGUAUUAUUGACAGCGGAGCAUAAGCAACCUUGUGUAUAUGAGCUCCUACUCUUACUCAAGGAGGAGAAAAUUAUUAAAGAAAGUAUUUUUGGUGAAGUGGAUAAUGAGGGGAAUAGUGCAUUACAUCUUGCAGCGAAGAGUACAGAUUUUAGUUGGCCAGUUCCGGGAGCCUUAUCCCAAAUGCAAUGGGAAAUCAAAUGGUAUGAGUACAUUAAGAAAUCUUUAUUGCCAAGAAGCUUCCAUUUUCUCAGCAACGAUAAUAGCCAAACCCCAGAGGAGGUCUUCACCAAGAACCACCAGAAACUUGUUGAACAAGGAGGGAAUUGGCUAAACAACACAUCGAAUGCAUGCUCAGUGGUAGCAGGCCUCUUUGUCACAAGUACCUUUUCCACCGCAACCAACGUGCCUGAGGGCUUUGAAACCACAGUCAAUAAGGCAUCCAAAAUUUACGCUUGCUCAUCCUUUGUGUCCUUCUACUCUUCACUCAUAGCAGUUGUCAUGUUCCUUGCAAUUCCCACAUCUGGGUGUAGAGAAAGAAAUUUCCGCCACGCCUUACCACUAAAGCUUUUGCUGGGUUUAACAACAUUCUACAUUUCCAUAGCUUCUACCUUGGUGUCCUUCACAACCGGACAUUUCUUCAUCUUUAGGAAUCAACUAAAAUUUGUCUCUUCCACCUCGUAUAUAGUGACCAACGUGUUGGUAACGGUGUCUUCUAUGGCAGUGUUUCCACUCUACUUUCAUUUGGUGUGGGCUACCUUCAAGAAGGUGCCACAACGUACAUACAGGGUUAACAUUCCUAUCUUCAAGAAUCUGAUGGCUCAGGUUAUUGAUUGA